AUGUUAUCAAAGUUCUUGUCAAAGAGAUUGUUUGCCGCCUAGGGUAAGACUACCACAGGAAAAAUUUCAUAGGUUAUCGGUGCCGUCGUCGAUGUCCAUUUCGAUGGUGCUUUACCACCCAUUUUGAAUGCUUUGGAGGUAGAGGGAACUCAACAUCGUUUGGUUUUGGAAGUCGCCCAACAUUUGGGUGGUAACAACGUCAGAACUAUCGCCUUGGACUCUACUGAAGGUCUAGUUAGAGGUCAAGGAGUUCUCGAUACUGGCUCACCUAUUCUCGUGCCAGUCGGUCCAGAGACUCUUGGAAGAAUUAUCAAUGUCAUUGGAGAGCCAAUCGAUGAGAGAGGUCCAAUCAACACUACCAAGUAUAGACCCAUCCACAGAGAUGCACCCGCUUUCAGCGAGCAAGGUUCAGGAGCAGAACUUUUGAUUACUGGUAUUAAAGUCGUCGACUUAUUGGCCCCAUAUGCAAGAGGAGGUAAAAUUGGUCUUUUCGGUGGUGCUGGAGUCGGUAAAACUGUACUUAUCAUGGAGCUUAUUAACAACGUCGCCAAAAAGCAUGGUGGUUAUUCAGUCUUCGCUGGUGUCGGUGAAAGAACUAGAGAGGGUAACGAUCUUUACCACGAAAUGAUCCAAUCAGGAGUCAUCAAGAUUGACGAACCAGGCUCCAAGGCUGCCCUUGUGUAUGGUCAAAUGAACGAACCCCCAGGUGCAAGAGCUAGAGUCGGACUUACUGGUCUUACCGUUGCUGAGUACUUCAGAGAUGAGGAGAACCAAGAUGUGCUACUUUUCAUUGAUAACAUCUUCAGAUUCACUCAAGCCUGCUCAGAGGUGUCUGCCUUGCUCGGACGUAUUCCAUCUGCUGUCGGUUAUCAACCAACUCUUGCUACUGAUUUGGGAGCUCUUCAAGAGAGAAUUACUACCACCAAAAAGGGUUCAAUUACCUCUGUGCAAGCCGUCUACGUGCCAGCUGAUGAUCUUACUGAUCCAGCCCCAGCCACCACAUUCGCUCACUUGGACGCUACUACUGUCUUGUCAAGAGCCUUGACUGAGUUAGGUAUUUAUCCAGCUGUCGAUCCACUCGAUUCAACCUCAAGAAUGCUCGACCCCUCAAUCGUCGGUGAUGUCCACUACAACACUGCCAGAGGAGUACAAAAGCUUCUCCAAGACUACAAAUCACUUCAAGAUAUUAUUGCUAUUUUGGGUAUGGAUGAGCUUUCAGAAGAAGAUAAAUUGACUGUCGCCAGAGCCAGAAAGAUCCAAAGAUUCCUCUCACAACCAUUCUUCAUGAGUGAGGUCUUCUCAGGCAAACCAGGAAAAUUGGUCGAGCUAAACGAGACCAUCGAUGGUUUCGGUGCUCUCCUCGAAGGUCAAGGAGACGAGUACCCAGAAGCUUCAUUCUAUAUGACUGGUUCACUCAAGGAAGCUUUCGAACAAGGAAGAAAGAUGGCCGAGGCUGCUGCCAAUAAAUGA